AUGAGAGAGAUAUAUACAUAUAAAUCAACCCUUUCUUGUGAUGAAUCAAACUCAAAACAAACCUAAAAAAAAUAUGGCUUUUUCUUUUCAUCAUAAUUAUGCUCUUGCAAUUAUUAUUCUUAUUUUGGCUAUGAUCCAAUUUGAGUUCACCAAUGGUUCUCACCACCACCAUCAUCAUCACCAUAAACAUCUCAAGUCCCUUCACUUCUCUUUGUACCAACAUGAAACCAUAAACAAAACAGGUUACAUCAUAGUAAAUGGUGUCCAAGGUGGUGCUAGUGUUACUCAAACCACAACACCUUUUGGUACCCUUUUUGUGUUCCAUGACCCUUUGACUCUCACUGCAAACAGAACCUCCAAAGUUGUUGGAACUUCUGAAGGGACUUCAAUCACUUCAAGCUUUGAUGGGUUGCAAAGCAUUUCCAUUGCAAAGAUAACUCUGAAUCUUAAGAAUCAUAAAGGGUCUAUUUCUAUUCUUGGUGAUGUGAACAACAUCAAGCCUUCGGAUCUUCCUGUAGUUGGAGGCACCCAAGAUUUUAUGUUUGUGAAUGGUUAUGUUACUUCUUCUCCGGUUGAUUUGAAGGGUCUCACCGUUGUUUAUAAGGUUGAGUUUCAUUUGUAUUGGCCUCCAUAUGCAACUACUCAAGCAUCUUAAUUAAGAUUGUUUAUGUUUUUGAUUUGUUGUAUCAUAUUGUUACUUUUGUUGGAUUUCUUGCUAGGUCAAUAACUUUAUAUCCUAAGGGGACAAUGUAACUAUGUUUUUUUUAGUAUGUUAAUUUCAACUUAAGAACAUUUUU